UGCCUUGCGUCACGCGCAAAGGCGGAAACGCGGAAGAAGAAGCAUGAGCGCAUUCCACGUCACUUGAGGUGGUUUUACGCGAGCGACCUAGGCAUUUUGACACAAGAAUUUGACGCUUUGAGGGGAAUUUCGCCGUUUGUGAUGCCACGGUCGUUUUGGCGUCACGCCCACACGGACAGUGAACGGAAUAACAGCCGAUGAUCGGAGAAUUUAGCUGAAGAGUGUCUGCUUCCGAUCUUAAUGGGUGAAUCAGGGACACGUCGCUCCACCCUGGUCUCCAGGCUUCCCAUCUUCAGGCGUAGCUCGAGCAAGAGACAGGAAUCGCUUCCUUCCUCGCCUUCCUCCGGUGGUGUCAGCAAUGGUGUCCACACUUCCUCGCCCUCCAGCACCAACUCCAGCUCCAGCAGCACAGGCAAACGCCGCAGUAUCUUUCGCACACCGUCCCUCAGCUUCCACAGCAAGAGGAACAGUGACCCCAUCCAGCUCAACCUGGAUAAUCGCAACCAGGGGUGUGAAGCCGUCCUCCGUGAAAGUUGCAAUCCGAAGCGGCAUUCGUUCGGAUUCGGCGGGCAGAAGAAAAAGAUCACGCGCUCUCAGACGGAAGACCUCGAGAAGGCCACCGGCAAUCGCAAUGUAUUUAUUAACUGCAUCAGCUCAAGGACGAAUGAGGGAGAUGAUUCGGGUUUCCUCGAUGAUGUGAGCAGCAAGAGGUCUUCCAAGCAUAAGAAACAACUCCUACCCAAGUCUUUCUCAGCUCACCAGCGGUUUUCAAAGAACUCAUCCGAUGUACCUGAACCGGCUAAAGUUCAGGAUGGUCCAGAGGAGCCACCUAAAACUGGAACCCCUGGUUCCUGGCCUGGAGAGUUGGUUGAGAGCUCUCUUCAGUCGCCUAUUAUUUCUGAGGACCGUACCACAGCGAUCACACCCUCUGAUUUUGUUCACAUCACCGAAGACUCUGUAUCAGAAGUGGAUGCUCUGCCUGCCCCCAGUCCUCCGGCUCCACCGGAAAACGUUAGCCAGGUUGUUUCUACCUCACAGGUCCCCUUAAGCCCAGCCCAUGCCACCACAGAUAAGCCAAUACUGCCAGAUACCAGCAACACAGCCAACACACAGUGCGAGAGCACCACUGCCCAUACAGAACCAGUAACGCUGCAGACCGUCCAAGAGAUUACCACUGACCCGAACCCGGAUCAGUCAGAGGCCAGUGAGAACGAACAAGCUCAAGAACUGAGCGAGGACAGCAGCUCCAAUCCAGUAGGCCGUGAAAGACGGUCUAGGAAUGCUGUUUUUAUUCAGCAUGCCGGGAAAUCAUCCAUCCAAAGCAAACUCGAGACCAGGCCAAUCCACCUGAGAAAGCCGCACACAGUGUCCAUGUGCAGCAGCGUGAGCCCCUAUCAUGAGGUGAUGCGGAUGGAGAGACGUCUAAGAUCGGCCUCUGAGGGGGCCGGAGGUCCCAGACUUCAUCUCAGCCUUAGGGAUCCCCACUGCAUAGAGCCCAACACUUUAUCCAAACAGAGAACCAACUCCUCAUCUUCCAAACUGGGCAGCCUGGAUUUUUUAAACAAUCUUGGUUCUUCUGAGCUGGAUGAAGAUGACCUGAUGUUAGAUCUUGACCUCUCUGACGACCAGCGACCUCACCAUGUGUCACGGGAGGACUCCAGUCAAUCCCUUGCAUCAUGCCUAAACCUGCUCAACUCACCACUGGAUGCCCCCAUGGAGCGGACCCCAGGAAAAGAGCCAAGAGAGCCCUCCCACAGGGAGCAGCUGCCGAUGUCACGUUGCCUCUCCCGUGACGACGAGCUAUUGGCCGGGCUGGAAGCGUUGCCGUUCAGAUUGAUGCAGCAGGACUGCACGGCAGUGAAGACUCUUCUGCUGCGUCUGCGCAGGACCCUGCAGGAGAGCACUGAGAUCAGUCCUGCAAGCAGCCUUCACUCUUUACCCAUAAGCCCUUGCAGUGAGAAAUCACUUCCUUUUAAGGAUCUUGGGAGAGAAGAGAACCAGUUUCUGCAACAGCAGCUGAAGGAGAAAGAUGAACUCAUUCUCAGAUUGCAUGCGGAGUUGGAAUCUGCUCGUGCUGUUCAGAGAACUCUUUGCCAAAAAGCUGACAAGACCACUCAGACAGAUGUUUUAGUCUCAGAGGCAGUUCAUCCAAGUCGACCGGCAGGCCAAAACAACAACGUUUCCAGCAGCGGCAGCCUCACAAGGGAGCGACGGCCGGUGCGAGCGCUCGCCGCAGACCAGCACGCGGCGGAAAGAGCGAUUGUUUGUGAGGACCGUGCCUGCGGCAGUUUAUCCACGUGCCAAGGUGGGGGAUGUUUGCGGGAUCCGGGCCGAAGAGUUGCUGAAGGUGACCAGCCGUCGUCUGAGGUACCCGGGCUGCGGAAGACAGAACACCAGGGGCCAUCUCAGAUCCCUCGUGCGGUAACAGGAAGUAGCAUGAGUCUGCCCAGCAAGGCCAGUCCCUCGCGCAGCCUGUCCUCCGACAGCGAGAGGGGGCUUCGCAGCGAGCGAGUGCCUGUGCCUAGGCUUCAGUCCUCCUUCACUGGCCGUCUGGGACAGCCGCCUCGUGGUCCGUUGUCUUUACACAUGUACAGUCGAAAAAACGUCUUUCUACAGCACUCUCUGCAAACGUCCGAACUGCAAGCUCUGGCUCAGCAGGAUGGCUGAGACAACACACACACACACAGAACAUUGACACAUACGUCACACGGAUACGAACUCUACUUACAUACACAACUUUGGUGCAGUUUCUCAGCGAUGUGACCACGAGUACCUUCAGAUCCACAUUUGACAGUAACUAAUUCUGUUUUUCCUCACCUAGACUUUAACUAUACACAAGAACUGAUUCAUUUUGAAAUCUUCAUUUAUAUUGUGUCAAAACCAAUCCAUCAUCUGCACUACUUAAGCCUUUUUAAAGAAAUAGAACAUGCUGCUAAGUACUUUAGAUACAUUUUUGUCAAAAAACAUUACUUUAAAUAAUUAUACAGAGGUACAGUAUGUGCAAAUGAGGAUGUCAAGAUGAAAGAUAGGAAACAAGGGUCCAAAAUUAACACUUAAAAAAUAGGUUUUGGCAAGUAAAUGAAACCAGUUGGCUGAUUUUAUUUGGAACGGUAACAUCACAGUUGGUUUUAAACCAUUUAACUUGUUCAUUUCUGGAAAAUGCUGUGGUCAGCUGCAUAAACACAGCCGCUAAGUUAAGGUUUACAUUCAUGCAUUUGGCAGACGCAUUUAUCCAGUCCAUUGCAAGGUAUAAAGUUUUUAUCAGUAUGCGUGUUCCUUAGUUUUGAACUCAUUGCCUUUUGCGCUGAUAAUGCAAUGCUCUACCAUUGAGCUAUACAUAAACACUGCAUCUUAGAACUAGUCUGACCAACUGGCAAUUACAGUAGUUGGGGCUAACCUGUUAGAUUUAAGUUAGACCAGUCUACCUUUCUGUGUAACUGACUUUAAAGGGAUAGUUCACAGAAAAAUUAUAAUCUCAUCAUUUAUCGUAUUUUCUGGGCUAUAAGUUGCUCCUGAGUAUAGGUCGCAUCAGUCCAAAUUGAAAGAGGAAAAAACAUCUAUAAGUUAUGAAUGUCCCGAUACCACUUUUUCAUUUUCUGAUCCGAUUCCGAUACCAGAAUUCCGAAUAUCAGCCGAUACCGAUAUCUGCCGGGUGCAGGAUUGAUGUCAUAGACACGCUACGUUUCUGGGCUUUCUGGGCGCAGAAUUGAUGCCCUUAAAACAUCCUCUCAUGAGAAUCCUCGCACCGCAACUAUUAAAAAACAAAGAGAAUAGAUGCAUCGUGUGAUCCAUCAAACAGCUUACUGAGACUUUAUAAAAUCAGAUCUUUAAAAUAGCCUACAGUUAUUGUGUGUGUCUGCGCGUGUGUAAAUGACGCGUUUCAUCCGUCCACUUCACCAGUAGAUUAACUCAGUUUGUGAAUAAGUUACAGUGUUUUUGUGAACUUAAAUAUCUUUAAAUGUCCAUUCCUUCACAUGAAGCUAUUAUUAAAAGACUGAAUAUAGUGCAUAAAACGUUUAUGGCGCUUUUAUAAUACUUUUAUUAACAGCUUGUCAGUAACAACCAUGGCUAACGCACAUAUCGGAAUUGGAUCGCGGUCAUAUUGUCGGUCCUCGAUCCGAUCCAGCAUAUCGGAUCGGGACAUCCCUAAUAUAAGUCGCACUGGACUAUACGUCGCGUUUAUUUAGGAAAUUAUUUUACAAAAUCCAAGCCCAAGAACAGACAUUUAAUCUGGAAUGGCAAGUUAUUUGACUAAACAAUGGCACAUAGAAAAGCAGACUGAAUAGGUGUCAGUACAUGUUAACGUAAAAUUACCAUUUCUUCAACAAACACAAUAGCAUAUCGAACAUACCUGGGAUGCUGAAUAGGCUAAAUUAACACGACAAGCCAAAUCAAGUUCAAAAAGGUCCCGAAGUCAUUCCGCAUCACUGAAUCCAUUGAAUUACAUAAAUACACGAGCAGCAUAGAGCGGACUCUUGCGGCUGUAGACGGUAAUGGUUUCUCUUGGUUCAUAUGAAUUAAGUCGCUACUGUAGAAGUCACGGGACCAGCCAAACUAUGAAAAAAGUGCGACUUAUAGUCCGGAAAAUACGGUACUCACUCUCAAGUUACAAACCUGUAUACAUUUCUUUGUUUUGCUGAACACAAAUGAAGAUAUUUUAGAAAAUGUUAAUAACCAAACAGGUCUGGGGCACCAUUCACUUCCAUAGUAUUAUUUUAUCUACUAUGGAAGUCAAUGGUGCCCCUGAUUUGCUUGGUUACAAAAUAUCAUUCUUUGUAUUCAACUCGUAAGACCAGUCUAAGCAUGCAGCCGGCCACUGAAGUUGACACACAUUAAAUGAAGAGUUUGGUUCCAAAACGCAAUAAAUCCAUUUGGAUUAAUUUCGGUAAAAACGUGUUUUCUAUACCAAGAAAGUGACAAGAUGAAAACCACUAUUUUCUGUUACAAACUUUCACAUAGCAUCUUUAGGUUAUAAUAACAUUAAAAAUUCAAAUCCAUAAUUAGAUUUUCAAAGAUUUAUUAUAAAAACGUAUUAUUUUUCCACAAAAUGAUAUAAAUCUAUUGAAUCAAUAUAUAAAUGUGCAUUCAUCUUUGCCAUGUUAUAUUCAUUUAGUUGACUAGUGAUAUAGACUGAUUAAACAUUAAUGGCAUUAAUCAAAACAUUUACUUUGUCAUAUUAAGAACACUGUCAUUGCUGCUGUUAUACUUGGGACGUCGUCGCUGAACUUUUUUGACAUAGCGAUCAGCUGUAAAAUGUUUUGAUUUUUCUCGAUUUUCGUUGGCUUCGCGUAAAAUAAUGGAAAGUUUUUCAUAAGAUCCCCAACCUCUUAAAAUAUGGUGGAACCAAACUCACAUCAAUAUUCCUCACAUUAAGCCACCGUAAUCACAAUAAAUUGUUAUUGUGACAUGUACGACACAUGGAAACCCACUCAUGUCAAUGUGACAAGUUAAUUUUGGACCCUUUAGAAAUUGCUAUUUGAGUUUUAAGAACCAUUUUCCAUUCAUAAGUCUGAACCUAAGCUCACAAUUAUGCACCAUCUUGUUAGAUUAAGCCUAAUCAGUAGUAAUGUUUGUAAUAGUAGGUCACAUAAUCAGACCAGCCCAAUAUUUUGCACCAGUAAACAUGACUCCAGUAAACAAAACCCCUGCAUUUAUUGUCAAACAGUGCUCGGUGCUUUAAAACCCUCCUGCUGCUGGUGAGAAUUACCUUUGUAUUGUCAGACCCUUUUUGGGAAAUUUAACACUCAUUAGCCUCUUCUAAUUGCAAGCUGUGUUGUGCUGUUUCAUUGGCUGCAAACAGUAAUGGAGGUUACACUGAUUUUAAGCUAAAACUGAUUUGACAGCCCUCGUGGAAGGAAUGAUAAAGCCUCAAGACAUAAACACUACUGCCUUUGCUGGACACCAGAUCAUUAGACGGAUCUCAAAAGGCAUCUGGAUUUAAAGAAAUAAAUGUUCUGCUUUUCUUUUGUUAUAUAUAAAAAAGAGAUCUUAGCCUUUCUGAAACUUGCCAAAUUUGGGCAUUUAAAAUAGAUGUACCAAUGAGACCAUUAUAAUCAGAGAUGGAGGAGACCAGCUCCCUGUCACUUGGUGUGUAAAAACCCAGCUAUUUCUACAUAAUGUAAAGAACACUGUGAAAAUAUCAUCUUAAUAUCUUUAAUAUUGACUGAAAUAUUAAAUCAAUGUGAAAUUAAUUAUUUGACAUCAAAUGCUCCAAAUCGCCAUAUUUAGAUUAUGAGAUUUGCAUUUUACAGACGGGGACACAAAUAUGAGCAACUUGUUUUGAAAUUGUCAGCUGACAAGCUGAAUGUGCCUCUUAAUUAAACUGCUUUAGCUUUCUGAGAACGUGCAACAUGAUUGACAGCUGGAAAAAUCUUUUGAUUGGCUAAACAAAGAAUCUGUCUAAACAUGCAUACUGUAAUAGCUUAAGCCUGUCACAUUUCAGCACACCUGUUUUGUGCUAUCUCUCAGAUAAUAGAGGUGUCAUUCCAUAAAAAAAAGAAAACCUUUAAAAUCCACCAACUGAUUUCCGUUUACAUACAAAUAAGGCCUCAGAUUUAAUUUAAUUUGUAUGUUCAUCUGCAAUAAAUGUAAAACUGCCACAUCCUUUAUAUUAUCUCAAGGAGAGAUUGUUGAAAGGAUGGCCUCGUUUUCACAGCAUUGUUGAGACGCUGUUGACCUGGCUUUGCGGAUCAGGAGCUCGAGCAAGGACGCAUGGAGGAGAAGGAAACCCUAAAGAAACCGAGUCCCAUCCAUCCAGCAGGUCUGCUCCCAGAGGUCCAACGCUCCAAUUUUAGCAAUCUGCUGGGAGCGCCAUCGCUUUCUCUCUUUAUCCCAAUCCCUCUCUUCUCUUAGACCUACUUCCAGCUUUAUGUGCGAUCAGGCCCGGGGAGCGAGAGGCUUUAGCUCUGUCACACUAUUACAAUACGCUAUCACUUCUAUAGUUAUCACACUCCCCUGACCGGAACGUGUUUGUCUUGCGUGAUUUCGGAGCGACCUCGUGAGAGCAGGCGCUGCCGGUCUUUGAGACGGUUCAUCUCUCCAUAACUGCUUUCAGCAAUACUGUUUAAAUUCUGUGUGGGUGCCACUCUGAGACUGUUGAAUAUAGGAGAGGUGGGAAGGUCCUCAUUCCCUGCUAAGCCUGCUGCGUGUUACGCACACGGCUUUUAACUGCACGUUAGAGAUGUUGAAGCAUGGACGUUUGAAUGCAGGAGAUGAUCUCUACAAAUGUCUACACAGAAUGUGACUUUAUGCAGUCACGUCGCCCAAUUGAACUCUUCAACAAUGAAUAUAUAUAUAUAUAUAUAUAUAUAUAUAUAUAUAUAUAUAUAUAUACAUACAUGUGUGUGUGUGUGUAUAUAUAUAUAUUUAUUUUGCCUUAUUUAUUAUGUGAUAUUGAAUAAUGACCAUCAACUGAGAGUCUUAUUUUGUCUGUUUGGGCUCAACCAGUGUUGAUAAUGUAAUGUUUCUGUACAGGGUUCACAUAAUAAUGGCACUUUUAAGACAUUUGAACUGUAAUAAGAUUUUAAAUAUACUUUCCCUGUUAUCUUUUAUCUCACUGGUAUUUUUCUUGAUUUUCACAAUGUGUAAUAAAUUCACUCUCAUUAAAGACGGAUAUUUAAAAAAA